AAAAUGAAAAGAGUUGGUUCAGAAAGUUCAUUCAAGAUCGAGCUUCUUCGCCACACAAAUUUCAAUUUUCUUUUAUUAAUUAUACCCACAAAAGGGUAAACCCCAAAAAGUUUAUAAUUAAUCAAAAAAAAAAUUCAAUAUCUCUCAAAAUAUAAAACAAUAAUCUAAUUUCCAAUUAAACGUGUAAUUAAAUUCACCUCUAAAAAGAAAAACUACGUACUUGCAUUUUAUUUUUCGUCAGUUUACUUUCUCAAUUUCUCUAAAGAAAAGUUCUUCAAUUUUGCAAAUUCUGACAUUCAGAUUCAUUCAGAAAUCAGAAAGACGAAACCAAAGAGGAAAAGGAAAAAAUUUCCUGUUAUUUGCAUUUGUUCCCUUCUUCUAAGUUCUGUUCUGCUUCUUUCAAGUCUCAAGAAAGUGUAGCAAAAAUCAUUUCACGGUAAUUUUAUUUUUUGGUGAUUGUGAAUGUGAUAGUUCGCCUUCGAUUCGCAAUUUUGUGUUUUUCUUUUGGAUUAAGAUCGAAAAUAAUAAUUCAAGUUUAAAGAAAAAAUUAUAAUUAUAAUUAAAAACUUAUCAAGAAAUAAAAGACACUGCUACACAAAAGAUCGUGUAACAAAAUAAAAAUACAAAUUAAAUGGCCGAAGUUGCUAAUUUGCCAUCACAGGCGCCACCAGCUCCUCCAUCAUCGGAGCACUCUGCGGCUUCGCUUGUAGCUGCUGCCUCUGCUACUGCUACUGCUACGAUUCCUGCUGAUAUACCAAAUGAAAAUCUUAAAAAUGAGGUAAAUGAUUUAUCUUCAACUGCUCAGCUGGGAACAUCGCCGAAUCAGGAAAAAUCAAGUAAUUCUCAUCAUCAUGAUUCUGAGUAUGACACAGCUAGUGACCUCGAAGGUGGCACUCAUGACGACUAUGAAGACGAUGAUGAUAACGAUGAAGAAGGCGACGAAGAAGAUGAUGAUGACGAUGAUGAUAGUGUUGAAGAAGUCGGAAAUAGUGACACGGAUAGUGUUGAAUUUGAUGCUGAAAGACAACGUGGCGAUGGGCAGGAACAAGCUGAUUAUACUAAGAAAGUAGAUGAAGAUCGAAGCAAUCCACAAUAUAUACCUAAGAAGGGAACUUUCUACGAGCACGAUGAUCGUACUGCUGAUGAACCGGAAGGUCAACCGUCUCAAGACAAAGCUGAGACAACUGAAGUUGGAGGAGAAAAUAAGUCAACUUCGCCGACAACAAUUUCUCAGGCUUCAAAAACUAUGAAAAAAUGGCAACCAGCAUCUGGAGUGGAUCGUUGGUCUCAUGAUCGUUUUGUUGCUGGCGAACAAGCACCCAAAUCGCGAACAGAACUUGUGUCUGCAUACGGCUAUGACAUCAGAGAUGAGGAUGGUCCGCCAAGAGCGCGCAGACGUCGCCGAUAUGCUCGCGGUCCAAGUAAAUACUCGCGAAAUUGGGAAGACGAAACAGCCUACAUUAAGGCUAGCAAUGCCCAAAGAAAACCACCGCGUCCUGAAGACUUUCCAGCCCUGGAAGAAAGGCAAAAAGCCCGCAAGUCGCGAAGCUAUCGUGAUGAAAAGGAGAAUCGUUUCGAUCGGCCACAAACUGAUCGAAAUCGUAUUGCAGCAGCAGCUGGCGGCGGUGGCGGAGGUGGUGUACAACAAAUCCCCAACAGAGGAGAGAACAAAGAACCAAUUAGACGCAGCACGGGCAACACGAAACAUGUUCGUCCCGGCGGCAGACAACACGGUAUGGAAUUCAAGAACAAAAAUCGCUCCCACACUGGCCAUAUGAAUUCAAAUCGAGGAAGCAAUAACAUCGACAGAGAUGGUGUCAAUAUAACGCGUUCAAUUGUUAAUAACCAAGCUGUUGACCAAUCGUCCAUUGUAGAAUCAUCGAAUUUCCAAAAGACAUCUUCGAAUACAAAUAACAAAGGCAUAAAUAUGCAACAAACAGUCAAGGUAGUAAAUCAACAGUCAUAUAAUGGCUAUGAGCAGCAGCAAGGCCAAGCCGUGCACAAGUCUCAACAACAAAUCAAUAAUGCUAGUGGCAGUGGAUAUAAUUCACGAGAUGUAAACGAGAAGUUCACAAACAAUCACAGCACUCAGAGCCCUCGGCCGGUGACAACUCCAAGUUCGAAUUUGUCUGCUCGUUUGCAACAGGCGCAGAAUCGCAACGAUCCCAGCCAUGUUGGCAGCGUCCAGAUGCAUACAUUGGCCAAUCAACACAGUCCACAAGUUCCAAAUCAGAAUGCUAUGCAAAACAACAUAGUUGACAUUCAACACCAGCAGCAGCAGCAACAACAGAUGCAGCAGGUUGUCAAUCAGCAAGAACAAGCGCGAUCAAAGAGAUAUUCCAGCUUAAGACAGAGGACACAACAUGAGACUGCCGGACCCGUGCCUAGUAAUCCACACUUAGAUCAACAUACUCUUCAGCAGUUGCAGAUGCAACACGAAGCACAGCAGCAACAGCAGCAGCAACACCAACAGAUAACAUCGAACGUCCACCCACCACCACAGCAGUUGAUAAUGCAGGAGCAGCAAUUGCUGCAGGCUAACUUGAUGCAGCUUUAUCAUCAGGAGAAUCUUCAGGCCCAGAUGCAGGCUCUGCAAGUGUCCAGCUUGCCGCCAGCUGCAGCCCCGCAGCCACCAACUGCUGCAAAACAGCCUUACGCAACAAUACCACAGCAAUACGCUGCUGGAACUUCUGGGCCACCGGCAGCGACCUACUACACACCAUCCACGCCCGAUUACAGCUCGCCACCGCCUGCAGCUGUGCCUAGCCAACAACUACAGUACACACAGCCACCGGCUGCAUUCCUGCAGUCGCAGACCGCAGCGGCUCCACUUGCCUUUAAUCCGACCGCAACGCAGCAGCCUCUCAGCCAGAACGCAAUGGCACCUCCCAUAGCCGCUUCAACCCCAGCUCAGGUACCACCAGGCAGUGUUAGUUAUGUUCAGGCGGCUCCCCCGAAUCCAUCGACAGCACCCUCCACUUCUUAUCCCAACUACACCAAUUACACCCCCAACUUCAACACGGUUGGGGGCACAACAUAUUUCGUUCCUACACCGCAGCCGACUGCUCGUCCACCAGUACUGCCUCAAAGAAGACCCACAAACGCUAUACCAAUUCUACCGCCAUCCGAAAAGAAACGUACCGCAGAUAACAAGCAGCAGCAGCAAGAUGAAGACUCAAAGACCAACAGUUCCACUUCAACGGCAGCGUCAGCCAAUGCUCCCAUUGGCAGUGCCGAGAACAUCGAUCACAUUUUGGACAACAUGUUUGUACAGCGAGCGCCAUACCAACCUCAAACUCGCAAGAGUGCUUCUCCACCCAGUGACGAUCCGAGCAAGGGCUCCAACACCUCGGCAGCAGCUGUAGGCGCAGCAGCAGGUGCAGCCGAUCCGUCCUCUGUUGGUAAAUCCCGGACACACGAAUCAUCUUCUAAUGCAUCUCAGUUGGACAAUGAAUCGUCAUCAGCUGCAGCGGCAGCUUCUAAGCAGUUGUCAGCAGUGCCAGAUGCCAAUACUCAGAAUAUGGUUGUAAACAAUUCCGAAUCUGGUGCUGGCGUCGUCCUCGCCACCGCCGGUGAAUCUACUAUUGGAAAGCAGUCAGCCAUUGUUCCGCCGCAGUAGGAGUUAAUUAUUAUGCAACGUUUUUGUUUGGAUUAUUUUAAAAAUCAUGUUUAAUAUUUUUUCUCUUAAUUUUCUCUUACUUCUUUCUCAUUGUUUUAUUUUCCACUCUACAUUUAUUAUCUCCUUCCCUGUCUCCGCCCCUUUGCUGUUUAUAACUUAAAUUCCUUGGAUUAUUUUUAUUGAAUUGUUGAAAUUUAGAUCAUACUAUAAAAUUGUAUCUUUUUAUGCGUUAAGCAUAUAAAACCAUGCAAUAACCUAUUAUUUUCCUUUUAAAUUGAAUUAAACAAAAAUUAUAAAUAUAUAUAUGAAUUUUAGAGUUUAGGGACAGACAAACAAAAUAAUAUUGUUUAAAUAUAAAAUUUUAAACAGAUAAAUUUUAAACUUCAAAAUGAAAUGAAUAGAAAAAAAAACAUAAAUUAUAACAAAAAUAAAUACUUAUUAGAAUUUAAAAUAGAAAUAUAGAUACAAAUUAUGUAUUUAAAAAUGAAAAUAAGCAAACAAGAAAAACAAAAAAAUAAUGAACAAAAAUUGGAUAUUUGCGAGAAAGCAUUUAAUGUUAUCAUCUAUUCUUUAUUUUAAUUUUUAAAUAUAAUUUAUUUUUAUCAUGAAAUAAAAUUCAAACUGAAUUCUUUUAAUAAAAA